UCCAAAACACCCCUCCUCUUCACCCUUCCCCUUCCCCUCUUUAUAAAUAUAUAUCACUUCCUUUCUCAUUUUUCACUCUCCUUAGUGUUUCAAUCACGACUCCACAGUGAUGAAGAGACAACGAAAUAUGGUGAAAGUUCCCAAGUCGAGAGAUGGAGAGAAUCACGUUAAAGUGCACAAGUAUGGGGUGGGGAAGACGAAGAAGAGAGUGAAGGAGGAGGUGGGGAAGGUGGAAGACGAGAAGAGGGAUGACAGAGAAUCCAUUGCGGUGGCGCUGGAGAGUGCAGUGGCAUGGGAGGAGGAGCCAUGGAUGUUGAGUGGGGUGGUGGAUGAGCAGAUGUCAUGGGGGUUGUUGUGGUUCCCUUGCUGGGACAUGGAGUUCAUGGGUGAUGCUUAUAAUCAACUUUAUAGUGAUGUUGUUUGGGAAGACGAUGUUUGGAACUUGAAGAGCAUAACAGAAAUCCCAAAUCCAUGAGAGAGAGGUAGAGACUUUGUUUUGGUGUUUUCUUACUGUAGCAGUAGCAGUAGCACCCUAGUUUCCUUCUCCUGAUUUUUCCAAAAUUUCUAAUAAAGCAAGUACCAAUUCAA